AUGUAAUAAAACAACUUCCAGGCAAAAUUUAAGGCAGCUCUUGCUAUUUCUAAAUUGGAUAAAAAAAAUAGAGCCUAAAACAAGGGAUAAACACAAAAUUAAUUACAUUAGACUAUUGUAGAACAUAAUGGACUUAAGUCCACAUAUUUUAUGGGCCAUAAUGAAAUUCCUGAGAUUGAUGAAAAUGCCAUAGUAGUUGCAGAAUUAGAUAUCUCAAUUGUCACAAAAAAAGGGGAACAAUACAAAACUCCAAAAUUAGAAGGAAUGCUUUUGAAAAAGAGUCCACAUUACUUAUAAGGAUGGUAAUAGAGAUGGGCAGUUUGUCAAGAUAAUCGCUUGGUUUAUUACUUGCCUGAAAAUAGAGGUUCUCCUUUCGGAGUUCUUGAUUUUAAUAUAAUGUCGUAUUCCCUAUAAGAUACAAAAGAUCAAAAUGGCAAUAUUAUAGAAUUUGUGUAUCACUUAUCUCACUAUUUCUAGAUUGAUUCCAAGUGGAUCUACAAAGAACUUUAUUUUUAAAGCUGGCACUUCUUAAGAAACAAUGAAAUGGUUUCAUGUUGUUAGGGAAAACAAGGACACUUCUGAAGGGGCAAAAAAGAUACUCAAUAACUUGGUUAAAUAUCCUAGAUUUUGGAGAGUAUAACAUAUUGUAAAAUUUAGACUGAUAGAAUAUCAUGCGAAUAAUUUUUGAAAACAGGAGAUACUGGUGACAUUCUUCUAUUUAGAGGAAAUGGAGCUAAUUGUCUUAUUUAGAGAGGAUUAACUGGGUCUGAUUAUGAUCAUGCUGCUGUUUUGUUAAGAUUUCCAUCAGGCUCAUUGUACAUAUUAGAAGCCACUGGUUGUUAUGGAGUUGGAUUAUGUUCUUGGAGUAUUUAAAAUAUUAAUCUCUAUAGAGGAUAUGAUUGAUGAGAAAUGGUUUGAGUUGUAUGAAAAGAUUAUGAUAAGAAAAUUAGAAAUUGAAAGAGAUCAUACAUUUUUAAAAACUGUUUAAGAAUUUGUUAAUGAGAAUAUGGGUAAAAAAUACUCACUUACUCCAAUGAAAUUGCUUAAAUAAAAAUCUACAGUUUAAGAUAUUAAUAAAUAGGUGAAUAAGGUAAAAAUUAAUAUUUAUAUAUUAUUUUAAAGGAAGAAAGAACCUUUUUUUGUUCUGAAUUGGUAGCAGCACUUUACAAACAGUUAGGAAUAUUUGAUUAAUAAAAAUCUGCUGCAUAAUAUUGGCCAGGAAGUUUAUGCUCAGAAAAUAAACAACUUGUUGUAUUAAAGGGAAUCUUGCAUCCAGAAUAAUUGAUUGAUUUUAGUAGUUUCUGA